AUGAACUGGAAACGAUUUAACAAUUCUGUUAGUACAGCAUUUCUUCGAACGUUGCUUAUUGGUAUUAAUAUUAUAUUUUUGUUUAGCGGUGCUGUUCUAUUUUUGGUUGGUUUUGUUGUUCGAAAUCAAUUAUCAACGUUUCUCGAUAUUUCAUCAGAAACAUCAUCAUCAGCACCCUAUGUUUUGAUUGGUCUAGGUCUCAUUAUAUUUUUUAUUGGAUUAUUUGCUUUCUGGAGUACGAUGAAAGGAGUUGUGGUCGCUUUGUAUAUCUAUUCCGUCAUUGUAUUUAUAAUAUUUAUUUCUGAAAUUGUGCUGGCUGUAAUGGUAUUACACAAAAAAAAUUCGUUAGAAGACACGUUUAAGGGCAGUUUAACCAAAAUAAUAAACGAUUAUCCAAAACAACCGGGUGCACAGUCAGUGGAUCAACUUCAAAGUAUGCUGUCUUGUUGUGGCAUCAAGUCUUAUACUGAUUGGUUCGAUACAAAUUAUGGUCAGGCUUUGGCUCAAGUUCCAGAAUCAUGUUGCAAGAAAAAUUUAUUGUAUCCAUGCAAUCGAACCCAUCUACAUUCAAUAUUAUCGCAUCAAUCUCUACCAAGCGAUAUUCAUUUACAAUUAUUAGGUGUAAUGUUAUCAUGCUGUUUGGCAAGUUCCUUAAGAAAACAGCGUUAUGAACCAGUAGAAUAA